UACGUCUAAUAUCCUGCUACUCCAAUAAUGCAGUUAGGUACACAAAAAUCAUUUCUCCACUCACCCAGAAACACCAAAUUCAUAAUAAUUUCAAUUUUACACCGCCCAAAAAAAACCAAAUUCCUGAUAAUUUCAAGUCUACGCCGCCCCAAUCAUCUCCUCUCCGCCACCACCACCACCGCCACCAUGGGUUGUGCACAAUCAAAAAUAGAAAACGAAGAAGCAGUAACCCGUUGUAAAGAAAGAAAACAAUUCCUCAAAGAAGCUGUCAAGAAUCGGAACUACUUCGCUGCAACACACUCUGCAUAUAUCGUCUCUCUCAGGCAUACUGGUGCUGCUCUAAGUGAUUAUGGUGAAGGUGAAGUUGAUGCUUUUCACCGUGAUACUUUACUUCCAUCUUCAUCUGCUUUACCGGCAGCCCCUCGUGAUAUUCUUCCACCGCCACCACCCCCGUUGCCCAAUUUCGGUCCACCAAAACCCCUUCAAAGAGCUGCAACUAUGCCUGAAUUUUCAAUCCCUAAACCUGACCUGAAACCCACUACCAGUGAUACAAUUGAGGAAGAAGAAAUUGAUGUAGAGGAUGAAGAUGAUGAUGAUAGGAACGGUCUUUCUCAUCGUAGACGAAGCCGGAAGAUUGUUAAUGAAGAAGUUGAAGAAGAACCACCACCUCGUCCCCGGGAACCGUCGAGAAACCCAGUCCCUCCACCACCGGAAUCGAGUAAUACAACUUCGGUAAUGGACUAUCUUUUUGCUCCUAUUCAAGAUAUGCCCAUGUCUUCUUUAAGUGAAGUUGAUGAAAUUCAGUCAUUUAAAGAUGAUAGUAGAGAUGGUAGAAGUAAUUAUGAUAAUGGGUUCAAGAAAUCGAAUGAAAUUCGUGUUGAUAGUAGUAGUAGUGAUGCUGGAAAUGCUAGUACUAGUAGCAGUACAAUUGAGGUUCAAGUACCAGCUGAGAAGGAAAUUGAAGUGAAACCAGUGAAAAAGACUAAGCAAUAUGUACACUCAAGUUCUAUGGAUGUAGAGGGCAAUAGAAGUGGGAAAGUGCUUAAUAUGAUGGAUUUACUAAAGGAACUCGAUAACCAUUUUCUUAGUGCCUCUCAAAGUGCUGCUGAGGUCUCAAAGAUGCUGGAAGCGAAUCGAUUGCACUUCCACUCUAAUUAUGCUGAUAAUCGAGGGCACAUAGAUCAUUCCAAAAGGGUUAUGCAGGUUAUUACUUGGAACAAGUCUUUUCGGGGUUCACAAUAUGCAAAUGAUGAAAAAGAUGAAAAAGAUGAGGAUGAGACAGAUAAAACUCUGGCAAGUGUGUUGGAUAAAAUUUUGGCGUGGGAAAAGAAGCUAUAUGAUGAAAUAAAGGUAGGAGAAGUAAUGAAAUUUGACUAUCAAAAAAAGGUUGCUUUGCUAAAUAGACAGAAGAGCCGUAACACAAGUGAUUUGUCGUUAGAGAAAACAAAAGCAGCAGUAAGUCAUCUUCAUACAAGAUAUAUAAUCGACAUGCAAUCCUUGGAUUCGACUGUAUCAGAGAUAGACACUUUGCGCGACGAACACUUAUAUCCAAAGCUCGUAUCCCUUGUUGAUGGGAUGGCGAAAAUGUGGGAAACCAUGAAUCAACAUCACAGAAUUCAGUUGAAGAUUGUCACAGACGUGAAAUUCCUUGAUACCUCCAAUGCCCCUUUAGAAACCUCCGAUAAACACCAUCAAUGUACCGUGCAGCUCCAUGAUGUCGUGGAAGACUGGUAUGUACAAUUGAAAGCGGUCAUGAGCCAUAAGAAAGCAUUUGUCAAAGCCUUGAACAGCUGGUUGAAACUGAAUCUCAUCCCUGUAGACAGCAGCUUGAAAGAGCAAGUUUCAUCUCCACCUAAGGGUCGUCCGCCAGUCCAGUCUCUCCUGCUUGCUUGGCAAGAAUACCUAGAGAAGAUUCCAGAUGAGCUAGGCAGAAGUGCGAUAUCUAGUUUCGCUCACGUCAUGAAAAACAUAGUGAUGCAUCAAAAAGAUGAAAUAAAACUGAGGAUGACUUGUGAAGAUACCCGUAGGGAAUUAUUUCGGAAAACCCGGGCAUUCGAGGAUUGGUACAAUAGGAACAAAGAUAUAGAGAGACCUGAAGAUGCAAAUCACAAGGACUCGAUUACAGCUAGGAAGAUUCAGGUGGAGCUUGUGAAAAACAGGUUAGAAGAGGAGGAGGCUGCUUAUCGAAAACAAUGCAAGCAGGUGAGGGACAAGUCAACAGUGAGCAUGAAGACUCACUUGCCUGAGCUUUUCCAGGCAAUGUCGAAUUUCACUAAUGCAACUGCUCUGAUGUACCAGAAAUUGCAGUCGAUUGCUCACUCACAAAAGAACCCUCAACGCACCUGAUUUUACUGAGUGUCAGAGAUUGCUGAACCCCAAUAGCAGCUGGUAUUUGGCCUCUUGGUUAAAAUAUGCAUGUAUGGAAGUUGUUUUUGUAUGUGGUGUAUAAGAAAAUUUGUAGAUUCCUGUCAAGUAAUUUUCGGUUUGUUUGGUAAGAACGUGCAAGCGGUGUCUGUGUGUGAUUGAUGUUUGUAAAUUUGUAUAAUUGUAGUCUAAUUGACAGUGAGUGUGUGCAGUAUGAUUUUGAUGAUUGCGAUGAAUUUAGGUUAAUGUACAGGAAGGCCAGGUUUAUUUUCUCUUCUUUGGAAGAAUUUUUGAUGAA